AUGGACGAGAUGGAGAUUAUCGAUCACGAAAUUGCCGUCGAUGAAGAGUUCGAUGCUUUGACCAUUGAGCUCAAAUCGUCACCGAUCCGGCGGUUUCCUGCCAAAACGCACGCAAGGAAAGUGGCAAAAGCCCUGGGCGUCGACCAUGGCAUCAUCUAUCUGCCUGGUCAAUCCGAGUUGGGGUAUGAAGACUCGGACAUGGAGGCUCCCUUCCGACAACGUCGAUACUUUUACUACCUAAGUGGUGCUGAUUUCGCCGGCUGCGCCGUCACAUAUGAUAUAGAAGCGGAUAAUCUAAUCCUCUGGAUCCCAUAUACACCGCCCCAGACCGUCCUGUGGUAUGGCACGACGCCAAGUCCCGCCGAGUGUAUGGAGAAAUCGGAUCUGGACGAUGUCAAGUAUGUUGCCGAACUUCCCAAGUACCUAGUCCCAACGCUCGCUCUCGUUGAGACUCUCUACGGUUUGCGGGAGUCACAGCUUCCACGAUUCAAAUCCUUCGACACCCUCAAGCCGCAUAUCAGGAUCGACACCUCGUCCCUCUUGUCAGCUAUUGGUGAGGCCCGAGUGAUAAAGUCAGACUACGAGCUUGCCAUGAUCAGAAAGGCCAAUGAUAUUAGCUCCCUGGCUCACCGGACAGUCUGCGAGGAGCUGCUCUCAUUGAAGAAUGAAUGUGAGGUCGAGGCUAUCUUUACCGCCGUGAGCAUCUCGCGUAAUGCGCAUACUCAAGCAUACGCCAUCAUCGCUGGCUCCGGGGCCAAUGCCGCCUCGCUUCACUACGGUGCAAACAAUGAACCUCUGGCAGGCCGUCAACUUCUCGUUCUCGAUGCUGGUGCUGAAUGGAACGUGUACGCUUCAGACAUCACGCGCACUCUCCCAAUCUCGGGCAGCUUCACUCCCGAGGCUAAAGCCAUUUAUGACCUUGUCAAUGAGAUGCAGACCCAAUGCAUCGAUCGCAUUCGUCCCGGCACUGUCUAUUACAGCCUUCAUCUGCAUGCCCACAUGGUGGCAGUCAAGGGUCUGCUACAAAUUGGUAUCCUACACAAUGGCACCGCGAGUGAGAUCUUCAAGAACGGUACAAGCACCGCCUUCUUCCCCCACGGACUUGGCCACCAUGUCGGUCUCGAGGUCCACGAUGUCCCCGGGUACGAGAGGCUCAUGAUCGAGGCUGACGGUUUCCUGGCAAUGGGUGGGAAGCGAAAACCCGUCCUGCCCGAGAUGCUCCGCGAAAUGAUGGCCUUGGAUUCUUUUGACCCCAUUGCUGCAGCUGACGAGGGAAGUAACACUAAAAUGUCCGGGCCGCCUCCUCCGUACAAGGGACGUCGACAACUUGCCCCCGGCAUGAUUGUCACCGUGGAGCCAGGUAUAUAUUUUUGCAGGCCCUACAUUGAAACAUUUUUUCUCAAGCAGCCCGAUCAUGCCAGGUACAUCAACACCGAAGUCCUCGAGAGGUAUUGGGACGUGGGCGGUGUGCGCAUUGAAGACGAUAUUCUAGUCACAGAUGACGGGAAUGAGAAUCUCUCUUGGGCACCCAAAGGUCAGGAGAUGCUGGACAUCAUCAAUGGCGAGACAAAGCAGAUCAAAGACCGCACGUGGUAUAGGGAGCAAUAA